AUGAUUUCCACCGGUGAAAUGCUGGAGGGUGGGCAUCUGUCUCCCCCUCCCUUUCCCGCUGAGGUUUAGCAACCCAGCGGUGCCUUACAUCUGUCACAGAAAGAGACCUGCCUUUCAAUGGCGUCACCAGAGAAGGAGGUCUCUCUCUCUUGCUCUCUCUCCCUCUCUUUUUUCCUUGGGUGAAGGUGGGGGGAAGCACUGUGGUGGCUUUUAUUUUUCUUAAUUAGCCUGGCAAAAUCCCCCUUCUUCUUUUGCUAAACAACCCGGUCUGCCUCAUGCAACCUCCAUUUGCUUCCUGAAAAAAAGGCUCUCUCUUCCUCUCCCUCUUUCUGUUUUUUCUUCUCCUUCUUGCAACGAAUCCGUUAGCUCAAGACUUUUUGCAGGAGGAGCGUUUCCCCUGAAUUCCCCCCUCUGCCGCUUCUCUCUCCCUCUCUCUCUCCUUCUUCUCUUUCCAGCUGUUGCUUGGGGAAAAAACUUUGCGCCCCGCGCUUGGAUAACCUCUCUCAUCGGACCAACCGAAAUUUCCGGCAAGAAACCCGGGGCGGGGAGAAGAAAAAUAAAAAAAAACAAAAUUAGAGAAAGGUAUGCGAAGGGGAAUUUAUUUAAUAUUUUUUUCUUCCUUUGGGAACUUUCUGGUUUUGCAAAGCUGGAGGGGGGGGGAUGUGAUGAAGCGCUCCAGGGACGGAGUUGCAGAAACCGUGCGCAAAAACGGCUGGUUUGGGGGAUGAGGCCGGGGACGCGGUCUCUCCCCGGCCCCCCACCCGAAAAGAUGUCUUGCUUGGGGCUUUCUGUCUCUCUCUCUCUGUUCCGGAGAAUGGGAAGGGCUUGCUGCCUUCUGGGUGGGUGGGAAAACAUUGCUGCAAGAUGCCAAGUAUGUUCGCCUCGCGUUCCCAAAAUUCUACACGUAUGCAAAAAUCUCCAGGGCUGAUCUCGACCAUCUGCAGUGGCGGGUGGACUAGGAAAGGAAGGAAGCAUGACUUUCGGGGUCCCCCAUCACCCAGGGGUCCUAAAAGCGGCUGAAUUCAUGCAUUUAUACAGUAUAGCAUUUCCCUAACUGGUACCCCGCACUUCUUGGAAACUAUAAGGCAUAGGAAAUAUUUAUUUCCACCAGCGGCUUUGACAUGUUCAUCAAAAUCUGAGAUGUAGUAGUUAUUUUAUUUUAUUUUUAAGUGUGGUGAUCUGUUGUAGGGCAAUGCCAGGGACAGGGACUGCCCAGGUUGCUGGUUGCAAAGGGAACCCCAUAACAGCCCCACAGAGCCGUAGCUAUGAAGUGGGGGGGCUGCCAGGUUUUGGGCCUCCAAAGGGGUGCCAUGGAGUGCCAUGGAGCCUGUGUGUGUGUGUGUGUAGGGGGUGUCAAACUGGGUCUUUGACCUGGGUGAAAUAAAGUCUAGUCCCCCCCAGCCAGCCCCCAAAAUGUAUGCCCACCCCUGACUAUCUCCUUGGGCCUGGCCAGUGUUCCAACAUCAGUCUCCCUUUAUAUGGUGGCUUUGGGUGUGGGGUUUGUGUGCGAGAGCCAGCCCCUUCCCAAAUUAUUAUUAUUUUUACUAAUUAAAUUUGCGUACCGCCCUAUACUAGCAGGUUUCAGGGUGGUUACAACAUAAAACCACAGUAUAAAAUACAUAAUAAAAACAUAAACAAGAACAACCCAAUCACUCCACCCCCCAAAAAAACACAUUUUAAAUGGGCAUUGGAUAUCAGCCAGCCAAAGGCCUGGCGCCUAAAGGGGUUUAAUGAAGGCGCCAGGCAAGCCUCCCUGGGGAGAGCAUCCCACAAGCGGGGAGCCACUGCAGAGAAGGCCCUGUUCUCAUAGAAGAAGCACAUGAAAAAGGGCCUCAGAGUCUGGGUCAGUUCAUAUGGGGAGAGGCAGCAAUGGAGGUAUCGAUUGGCAUUGCCAUUCAAAUGGCAUGAGUUCACUGCAUCAUGUGAUCAAUUAUGGAGGGUGGGGCUUACCUGCUCUCCCCCCCCCAAUAUUUUAUUUAAGUUGGCACCCCUGUGUGUGUGUUUUCCUCCCAACUUUCUGACAACCUUUUAAUUACCUGCAUCUGCUAAUUGGGCAUUGCGGGAUUACAUGUCUACCUUCCCAACAAGCUUAAACGUGCUUUCUUGUCUCAGCUGCCCUUCAGGUGCCCACGAAAAAUAAGUCAAUAGCUGUGUGGUUUUUUUCUUCUUCUUCAAGCUGGGUAUCUGGCUCGGAGCUCUGGGUCAUAUGCUCUGAUUGGAUCCUUAAAAGCAUUCCCUUCCGUCCAAUUUUAUUUUUUUUUAAAACCCACACUCCAAUGCACCACAGGCUCAAUUCAAUUAAUCCCUCGCAACCUGUUGUUUUAAUCAUCUGAGCAAACUUGAGUUGAAAAGCUAAGCCAUUCGCUCAGUGACGUCUGGUGGGUUGAGAGUGUAAAUAAUUGGGCUUAGUAAUAAUUAAAAAUGAGAGCCGGGGUUAGGAGGAGGCUGGAGGUGAGCAUUCUCUUUUUACCUCCAUUUCAGAUGUUUCAAAGCUAAGUUCAAUGGCCUCUUUUUAUAUUUGGAGCCUUUAAUAGCUGCCUGACGGGCAUGCAGUUCACCCCGUGGUGCCCUUUUUAGCAUGAAGGCACUCAGAGACAUGGCAGUUGAAUUUCUGAUCAGGUAGCGACCUUCUCUGAAAGGGAUAUCUUGUAUCCCGCUUGGACUACUGCAAUGCGCUCUACGUGGGGCUACCUUUGAAGGUGACCCGGAAACUACAACUAAUCCAGAAUGCGGCAGCUAGACUGGUAACUGGGAGCGGCCGCCGAGACCACAUAACACCGGUCUUGAAAGACCUACAUUGGUUCCCAGUACGUUUCCAAGCACAAUUCAAAGUGUUGGUACUGACCUUGAAAGCCCUAAAUGGCCUCGGCCCAGUAUACCUGAAGGAGCGUAUCCACCUCCAUCGUUCUGCUGGACACUGAGGUCCAGCGCCGAGGGCCUUCUGGCGGUUCCCUCCCUGCGAGAAGCUAAGUUACAGGGAACCAGGCAGAGGGCCUUCUCGGUGGUGGCGCCCGCCCUGUGGAACGCUCUCCUACCAGAUGUCAAAGGGAAGAACUACCAGACUUUAAGACAUCUGAAGGCAGCCCUGUUUAGGGAAGCUUUUAAUGUUUGAUGUAUUACAGUAUUUUAAUUUUUUUUGGAAGCCACCCAGAGUAGCUGGGGAAGCCCAGCCAAAUGGGCAGGGUAUAAAUAAUAAAUUGUUGUUGUUGUUGUUGUUGUUGUUAUAUCUAGGUAUGGGGAGAGGGGAAAAAAUCUAUUCAGUUUGCACCGAGGCAAACUGCAUUUUCUGAAAUGGCACACAAACAAAACAAAAGGAGCUGUUCGUUGAAAUUUGCACUUUUCCCAAUUCUGUAAAAUGGUUCUCUGGCCAGGUAAUGUGCAAAAAUGGCUGACCUGGGUGAUGGAAGAGAAAAUAAGGUGCUCUUUCGGAAGAAAUUGCUUUGCAAAACCAGAAUUGGUCUAUUAGUCAAGCCUGCAGAAAUCUGCAGGAAAGGGCGAGUGAACUUUCGUGAGGACCUUCAAAAAACAAGGCACCAACUGAUGUGUCAGCAUGCAGAAUUUGAACUUUAAGAAUGGAAGGACAAGGAGCUGAGAGGAACCAAAAUGGAUAGAUUGGUCUGUCCUUGCACUCUUCACAUGCUUGUGGGACUCCUCACUCGUCUUCAAAUCAUAGAGUUGUCCUACUCAGAGGCAGCAUACAAAUAAAAUUAUGUAUGUGCUCAGAGGUUUUACCACAAUCAAGCAGUAUGUAGGUUUUGCUACAUUCUGGAAGCCAAGCCUUAUGAGGAACGGUUGAAGGAGCUGGGUAUGUUUAGCCUGGAAAAGAGGAGAUACAAUGCCAUCUUCAUAUAUCUCAAGGGCUGUCACAUGGAAGAUGGAGCCAGCUUGUUAUCUCAUGCUCUGGAGGGUAAGACUCGAACCCAUGGCUUCAUGUUACAAGAAAGCAGAUUCUGACUAAACAUCAGGAGGAAAAAACUUUCUGGCAGUAAGAGCUUCUUGACAACGGAACAGAGGUUGUGGACUCUCCUUCCUUGGAAGUUUUUGAGCAGAAGUUGGGUGGCCAUCUGUCAUGGAUGCUUCGGCUGCAUUGCAGGGGGUUGGACUGGAUGACCUUUGGGGGCCCCCUUCCAACUCUACAGUUCUAUGAUGCUGUGGUUUUAUUUCACUCUCAUGCCUUUACCUCUCUGAUCAGUUUCCUUGAGACUUUUGUGGUUGUUGCUCUUGAAAACUAUCUAUUUAUUGCGUUUAGAUCCCACCUUUUCUCUGCAGAGCUCGGGGUGGCAUACACAGUACUCCCCCUCCUCACUUAACCCCCCAACAUCAACCCUGCGAGGUAGGAUAAUAAAUAAUAAUAAUAAUAAUAUUUAUUUAUACCCCGCUCUUCCUGGUUCAAAACCGGGCUCAGGGUAGCUAAAAACAAAUUUAAAACACACACUUAUAAAAGCAGCAUAAAAUACAGUAUAAAAACAUGAAUAACAGUAAAAUUCAAAAAUCAGUUUAGGGGAUAUAAGCAUUAGAUAAUCCCCAGGGCUAGCUGGCUGAAUUGGUCCUACUUGGGCCAGCGAGGAGGCCAGGGGAGAAUUAGCUGUGGGGUCUCAGAGUGGGUGAUUUUCAUAAAAGGAGAGGGGGAAGGAAGAGAAAGGAAAUCAGUCUGAAUUCAAAUUAAAGGCCAAGUGGAAUAGCUCUGUCUUACAGGCCUGACGGAAGGAGGUUAAAUCCUGCAGGGCCCUGGUCUCAUGGGACAGAGCAUUCCACCAGGUCGGAGCCAUCACUGAGAAGGCCCUGGCCCUGGGGGAGGAUAGGCUGAGAGAGAGGGAGACUGGCCCCCCAAAGGGCAUCUGGUGAGCUUUGUGGCCACGUGGGGGGGGAUUUGAACCCAGGACACACAGGUCCUAGUACAACACUCUAACCAUUAUGCCACUACUGGCUCCCAGUUGCGGAGAGUCGGUUAUGCCAAAAUCCCCCAGCCGAGUCCUACUCAGAGUAGACCCACUGAAUUUAAAGCCGUCAACUUGGGAUGGGCCUACCCUGGGUCAGCAAUCACCCGGUGAUGAAAUAACCACAUUUCCGAGCUCCUGGUCUUCAAAACAAGAGCUCAAGGUCCACGGGUCCCGUUGCCUUCCUUGCAAAAAUGCUUCCUCGCUUCUUCGCAGGCGGAGAGGGACCCCUCCAGCACAUCUGCUUCCCAUUACUCUCCUCUGCAGUUGGAUCCAAAGCCAGCGCGGCCGAGCUGUCUGCAGACCCAGUGGCAAAAUUGGGAACAGACGCGCUCUCUCUCGCUCUCUCCUUCCCUUCAACAACAAUCUGGAUUUUUUUUUGGGGGGGGGAGAAUUAAGAUGUAAACUAAUCCUCUCUGUGUCCUUCUCCCUUGCCACUCUCCCCACUGUUUUUGUGCCACAAGCACCUCUCAGUUUCUGUCCUCCUUUUUUCCUUCCCCCACUAUCUUUCUCUCUCUUGAGCCACAAAAUCUCUUCUAUGAGCCACAACAGCUCUGCCUCCAUGGCAGAGGCGGAGAUGCUUCAUGUGACUCCCGCAGUAACUAGACAACCUUUAGAAGACAUCUGAAGGCAGCCCUGGAUAGGGAAGCUGUUGGUGUUCAAUGUUUUACUGUAUUAUGUUUUCACAUAUGUUGGAAGCCGCCCAGAGUGGCUGGGGAAACCUAGCAAGAUGGGAGGGAUAUAAACAAUAAAACAAACAAUUGCUGCUGCUGUUGUUAUUGAAUAGGACAUGCUCUGGUUAUCUCCCGCUUGGAGUACUGCAAUGCGCUCUCCGUGGGGCUACCUUGGGUGACCCAGAAACUGCAACUAAUCCAGAAUGUGGCAGCUAGACUGGGGACUGGGAGACCACAUAACACCGGUCUUGAAAGAUCUACAUUGGCUCCCAGUACGUUUCCGAGCACAAUUCAAAGUGUUGGUGCUGACCUUGAAAGCCCCAAACGGCCUCAGCCCUGUAGACCUGAAGGAGCGUCUCCACCCCCAUCGUCCAGCCCGGACACUGAGGUCCAGCACUGAGGGCCUUCUGGCGGUUCCCUCACUGCAAGAAGUGAAGUUACAGGGAACCAGGCAGAGGGCCUUCUCAGUGGAGGCGCCCGCCCUGUGGAACACCCUCCCACCAGAUGUCAAGGAAAUAAACAACUACAGUGGUACCUCAGGUUAAGAACUUAAUUCGUUCCAGAGGUCCGUACUUAACCUGAAACUGUUCUUAACCUGAGAUACCACUUUAGCUAAUGGGGCCUCCCGCUGCCGCCGCGCAAUUUCUGUUCUCAUCCUGAAGCAAAGUUCUUAACCCGAGGUACUAUUUCUGGGUUAGUGGAGUCUGUAACCUGAAGCGUGUGUAACCUGAAGCAUCUGUAACCUGAGGUACCACCAUUCCUGACAUUUAGAAGACAUCUGAAGGCAGCCCUGUUCAGGGAAGUUUUUAACGUGUGACAUUUUAAUGUAUUUUUAAUCUUUGUUGGAAGCUGCCCCAAGUGCCAGAUGGGUGGGGUACAAAUAAUAAAUUAUUAUUAUUAUUACUUUCAUCGGAGAAAUGUUGGAGGGUAUGCAUCUCAGGGCCCCACGCUAGGCCAAAAGGUUCCUGCAUUGGAGGGGCUUGAACAAUGAUCCUUGUGGUCCCUUCCAACUCUCCUGUGAUGCUCCUCUCCGACAGAGCGAUGCCGCAGACUCCUGGCACAUGCUGA